GUGAAUUUGACGUUUGGUUUGAUAGAGAUAACCUCAAAUUUUGUUUGUUUCAGGAAGUUUACUUCUUAAAUAUUUAUUUUUAUUUGAAAUAUGCUACUAUAGACCGCUUUGCUUUUAUCAUGGAAGUAGAGGGACAUCCUGGGUUAAUAAAAACCAUUGAAGAGGGAGAAGAAGUAGAAAAUUUCUCCGAGGAAUCUGAUGAAGAAAUAGAAUAUCAACCUUCGAAACAAAAAAUCAAAAGGAAAGUUGACUUCGACCCAAAGUUUCAAUUUGUGUCUUCUGUGGAAGAAUACAAUAAGAAUACCUGGGAUGACUUACAUAAAUAUGUUAAAAGAAAUGUGAAAAGGACAAUAGACGAAAAGAUAGAGCGCAGAAGAGCACAAGUCAAAGUCAAUGGUGAUGCUGAAGCUGUCGAUACAGACUCUGAUGUUGAUGCCAAAGAUGGUGAGGUUGAUGAAUUGGAAAUAUCUGAUGAUGAACUGAAAAGGGAUGAAAUUAAAAUAAAGGAGAAAAAACUCACAAAAAAGCAGAAAUUAAAACAGGAAUUAGAAGAAAAUGAACAGGGAACGAGAGUGGAAUAUGACUCUGAUUUCUUCGAGGAGCCUCCGCCUUAUGACGAGAACGCAUCAUUCUACAUGAUGAAUCUGUCCCGACCGCUGCUUAAAGCGAUCGGUGCUCUGCAUUACGUGCAUCCAACGCCUAUACAAGCCGCUACUAUACCUAUAGCCUUGAUGGGUAAGGAUGUUUGCGCGUGUGCCGCUACGGGUACUGGCAAGACGGCAGCGUAUAUGCUACCCAUACUGGAGCGGUUACUGUUUCGCGCUAAUACUGGCCACCGCCUUACCAAGGUGUUAGUUCUGGUGCCUACUAGGGAACUGGGCGCUCAGGUACACGCCGUAACGCGACAAUUGUCACAAUUCACUUCAGUCACCGUCGGACUCUCGGUGGGAGGGUUGGAUGUGAAAUAUCAGGAAAGCGUGUUACGUCAGAACCCCGACGUGGUAAUAGCCACUCCGGGUCGUCUCAUAGACCACAUCCGGAACACUCCUUCGUUCGGCCUGCAGUCCAUUGAAGUACUGGUGCUGGAUGAGGCUGACAGGAUGUUAGACGAAUACUUCGCUGAGCAAAUGAAGGAGAUCAUAAAGCAGUGCUCGCACAAGCGUCAGACGAUGCUGUUCUCGGCCACCAUGAGCGAGGAAGUCAAAGACUUGGCAGCCGUGUCGCUCAAUAAACCCGUCAAACUGUUCGUCGACUCCAACAAGGAUGUGGCUUUCAAUCUGAGACAGGAGUUUGUUAGGAUUCGAAAAGAGCGCGAGUGCGACCGUGAAGCGAUACUGGCGGCGCUAGUGUGCCGCACGUUCAGGGAUCGCGCCGUCAUAUUCGUACAGACCAAGAAGCAAGCGCAUAGACUACACGUCGCGUUAGGAUUGCUCGGUGUCAAGGUCGCUGAACUCCACGGCGCCUUGAACCAGCCUCAAAGGUUGGAUUCCCUGAAGAGGUUCAAGGAAGAGCAGGUGGAUGUACUGGUAGCCACAGAUGUAGCGGCCAGAGGUCUGGAUAUACCAGGAGUUAAAACUGUGCUCAACUUCACUCUACCGGCUACCAUAGAGCAUUACAUUCAUAGGGUGGGUCGAACGGCUCGAGCCGGGAGAGCUGGUGUCUCCGUCUCGUUGGCCGGUGAAGGCGAGCGAAACCUGGUGAAGGCGAUAGUGAAGCGAGCGCGAAAGCCAGUGAAGGCCAGACAAGUGCCGCCUGAUAUAAUCGCCAAGUACCGAGCCAAAAUGGCCAAACUGGAACCAGAGAUUGCCGCCAUAUUAGACGAGGAAUACGCUGAGAAGCAACUCAACAAGAUGGAGAAGCAGACCAAUAAGCUAGAAGGCAAGCUGGCGAAGGAACCUGGUCCCAAGUACGAGGUUCAGAGACAACACGAAUGGUUCCAAACGCCCAAGGAGAAGAGGGAGGAGAAGGAGAGACUUGCACUCACCACGCACCCCGGGAAAGUUGAAAAGCAACAGAAGACAAAGGGCAAGAAACGCAAGCGCGACGACUCCGAUGACGACGACGAAGACAUCAACAAAAAGAAGAAGAAGAAAGAGACAAAACAUACGCCCAAAGACACGCCCGAGGAGAGGGUCCGCCGGGAAAUGGAGAAGGUGGCGCUGCUUCAAUCUCGUGUGGCGAAACGGAAAAAGAAGAUGCGUCGCAUUCGAGCUGUGGACGACGAAGAAGAAAGACCGCAGAGAAAUCAAAAUAGACCCAAACACAAGAAGAAUAAGAGUAAUUUUGCCAACGACCUCACGGACACAUCUAAAUCUGCCACUAAGAGACUUCGAUAUGACGCGAACAGAGCGCAGAAGGGAUUCCCACCCAAAGGGAAGGGUGGCAAAAUUAGGGGACCCCCCGGCAAAGGCCCUGGUGGUAAAAAUAAAGGAGCUCAAGGCAAAGGGUCUAAAUCUAAAGCUAAGACCGCAUUUGGAAAGCCACAAGCGCCCAAGCAAGGUCGUAGGAAGAAUUAAUAAACAUUUUAUAAUAUAUCUCUAUAUUGGCUUUUAUUG